GUCUCAGAAUCCGCAUGCCUAUCCCAUCAAUGAUUGGUUCUUAGAUUUUCCCCGCUAGUAUUAUAGCCCACCAACCCACUAAUACAUACUGUCUCAUUUAGUGAAGUUCAAUUACGAUUGCCCUCUUUUACCAAUUUGUUCCUACUAUGUAGAAACGCCUCGCUAUAACCUAGCAGCGGCUCAACUCUCUUCUCCAAUUGACCGACUAACCCCUAGGCAAUUUCUAGUGAAGUCUCUAUUCCCACAUUUCGAAAACCCAUAGCCCAUUUCCGAGUUCUCAACCCUCUGGGUUACUGCCAGUCAGUAUGCCUCCAAAGAAGAAAGAUGAUGUCAAAGGCAAGAAACCUUCUGCCACAAAGGUUGCCGAAGACAAGACAUUUGGUAUGAAAAACAAGAAGGGUUCGGUUGCCCAAAAACAUAUCAAGCAGAUUCAGGCGACGGCCAAAGCUGGAGGUAGCGCGGAAGAGAAGAAGAAGCAAGCAGAGAAGGAAGCUCGCGCCCGAGAGAAGAAGGCUGCCGAGGACGCCAAGCGGGAGACCGAAGCACUUCUCAACAAACCAGCCCAGAUACAGAAAGUCCCUUUCGGUGUCGAUCCCAAAACCGUUGUCUGUAUAUUCUUCAAGAAGGGCAAUUGCGAAAAGGGGAAGAAGUGCAAGUUCGCACACGACCUCUCGGUUGAACGAAAGACCGAAAAGAAGAAUCUGUACACCGACGGUCGGGCUGACGAAGAGGAAAAGAAAAAGCAGGAGACGUCUGCAGACUGGGACGAGGAGAAGUUAAAAAAGGUGAUUCUUUCUAAGAAGGGCAACCAAGUCACCACUACCGACAAAGUUUGCAAAUACUUCAUCGAGGCAAUCGAAGACGGGAAAUACGGUUGGUUCUGGACAUGUCCCAAUGACGGCAACAAGUGCAAAUACAAGCACGCACUUCCACCGGGUUUCGUACUCAAGACCAAAGAGCAGCGCGCAGCUGAGAAAGCUCUCAUGGACAAGUCGCCGCUCAAGACUUUGACUCUUGAAGACUUCUUAGAAUCGGAGCGGCACAAGUUGACGGGAACGCUCACACCUGUCACCCCAGAGACAUUCGCCAAGUGGAAGAAGGACCGGUUAGACAAGAAGGCCGCCGAAGAACAAGCUCGACAAGCUAAGGAGUCGACCGGACGUGCUCUAUUCGAAAGUGGUAACUGGAGAUACGGAGAAGACUCCGAAGAAGAAGAAGAAGACGAGGAUGAGGAAGACGACGGCGCUUGGAAUCUAGAAAGGCUAAGGCAAGAGACACAGGCCAUCCGAGACAAGAAGGAAGCGGACCGUUUAGCUGCGGCCGCGGGUUACUCUGCCGAUUCACACCAACCUCCGGAUACCGGAGAUGGUACUCCCGUGACUGCGGGCGCUUGAAGUUCUUACCUCCAACACCAUGGGGUAAUAAAGCUAAAACCAAAAAAGUCUGGGUCAACCAGUAGAGUUUCCAUCAUAAAGAUGGAUACUCAAUACAAGCGACGCGUCAAGGAUAACGACAUAUCGACAGCUUGAUGAUGCCGUUACGUUUAGGCCAGAGCAAACUCGUAUAGGGUUGAGCUACUGUUAGUCUUCUGGACCAUGCGAGACAACACAAAUUCGCCAUGGAAUUGACGGGUUUAGUCU